AUGUCUUCACCAGGUGACGCAACGAUACCUGCCACAAGACGCGCGAGGAAAUCGAUUGGUUCACAUCAUGAUAUACGCAAAGCUAGGGAUAAAGAAAAUGCGACUGUUGAUAUUGCCAGCGAGCUGGCUGCCAGUCGCAAAGCGAGAAGCAAAAGCAUAGGGCCGGGUGGCCUGGAUAGUUUUAAAGUUGGAACAGCAAAUAGGAGAGCAUCUAUUGCCGCGCCGCGAUCAAUUCUAAAGCCGCGCAUGUCGGCCCUCGUUGAGAUACCUUCACUUCAGUCGAAAAAACGAGCAUCUAGUGGCGACGAUGAUACUUCUCGUCGAAGAUCUCCACGUAAUUCGAGGAGUGGCGACUCUGCUGCAUCCAAAAUUGCCUUGCGCACCGAAGAAGAGCAGCAAGCAGCGGCCCGUGAACGCCAGGAGCAAGAACGCCGAGAUGCUCGCCGCAAGUCACUUGCAAAUCGAAGAGUGUCUUUCGCUGCGGAAGCCACACUUCACACCUUUCAUGAUAUAGAUAUGCCUGACUCGACGGCCUCGACCGACUACACGUCUCGCAGACAAUCGAAUGCGACAGGUGCUCAAUCUCAGGUCAACUCGACUGGGUACGAAGAUGAUGAUAGUGUCGCUUCUGGUCUCUAUAGCGACGAUUCAGAACCCGCGGAUGGCGUGGAAGAAGUGGAGGAUGCAGAGGAGGAAGACGAAAUGUCAAAUAGCGACUCGGACGACGGAACGAUGAUGACAAUUGACACUGAAGAAGUCACUGGAACGACGGUUGCCUCAGAUCGCUCGGCGCCAUUUGAUGAUGAGUCCUCAACCCUCGAGGAAGCGCUCAGACUUGCUGCUGAACGGGCAGGUACGCAGCGGCUCGACUCCUCCUCCUACGAGGAGGCAGACGAGGAAGCUGAAGAGGACGAGGAGGAAGAGGUCAUCCCAUCGUUUGGAUGGAUCAGAAAAGACACACAGAAACAGAACGGCUCGGCAGCCAGCUCAAGUUCUGCGCCCUCUCGACCCAGCUACUCACUCAACGAAGUUACUCAAGCUGAGAUGGAGAUGGACAUGACCCAAAAUAUGGGACGAAUUAUCAAGCCUGACAUGUUGAACGAAACCGGUGACGAGGCUGAAAUGUCGAUGGAUGUGACAACAGCCCUUGGAGGCAUUCUACAUGCACAAUCUCCAGAAAGUAGUCCUAUUCGAGAUGUACCAAAUGAUACACCACAGCGAGAUGAGGCGACAAUGGAACUUACGACAGCGCUGGGGGGCAUUCGGUUUGCGAGCCACGAUGACACGUCGGACGCUUGCGCCGGUGACGAAGAAAUGUCCAUGGAGUUCACAAUGGCAAUGGGCGGUAUUCUCGGCAACGAGAAGCGCAAAAGUAUCGGCAUUGCGCGCCGACGGACUCUCGAUCAGCUGGAAGCAGCUGACGCAACAAUGGACAUGACUACCAGCGUUGGUCGGAUUCUAUCGAUUGAAGCUCAACGCGAUACCGCAAACAGUUCUCAAAGCGGUGAUGAUGACGCCACUGCUGAUAUGGCGCUGACGGGGGCCAUGGAUAUGACUGCGGCUAUUGGGGGCACUUUGAAUAGUGAAGGACGACGCAGCCUUGGUAGACAAAUCAUGAUGGAAGAAGCGAACAAGCCGAAUAGUCCAGAAACUGCAAUCUUCAAUGCCAUUGCGAAACAGCCACCAAGACGAAGAUCGUCUCGCAAUGCUGGUUCCGAGAGCCCCAGCACCAACAAUGGUUUCCCUCCCUUGCGAGGUAAAUCACCGAGCCUGGAAGAGCACGCUACACCGCAACAUAACAGGAAAUCAUCUUCCCCGAAAAAGACGCUCGCGUUGCAGCCGGCACGAGAGGCCCUUCAGUCACAAAGUCAUAGCUCACCAGUUUCGUCACCUGUGCGAAGGCGAUCAAGCAGACUCUCGCCCUCAAAAUCCCCGGCCAAGAUUCAAGCACCAUCGCCAGCCAAGACUUCGAGCAAUGCAACCCCCGUGCCCAAUCGCAAGCCUGGCUCUCCUAAGAAAAGCCCCGCAAACUUUGCCACCCCCGAAAGUCGCCGUGUAUCUGGCGUUGGAGCUGAUCGCAAUGGCUUAGGGUCACCACGAAUUGCUGAGGUCUUUGACCGUCGAAGCUCGAUCGGCGACUCUGCAAGCAAGUUUGUACCUGGUAAUCGUCUAGUAUCAUUUGAGGACCCUCAAGCCCUCUCCAAAGAGGUCGAUGAUGAGCGAAUUCGCGAAGAAGAGCGUGAGCGUGCAGUUGCGCGUUCGAGCCGCCGCGGAGAGGACAAGGAUGCUACUUUCAACUUGAAGGAGAUGAUUGACAGCCUAAGUCCUACGCGAAGGCCACUCAAGGGACGCAAAAGUCUACACGUUGGCAGUGCCAAAGGUCUCCUUGGUAAGCGUCCCGCGGAGCUCGACGAGGAUGCGGAAGACAACGAUGGUGUUAAGCGCCUGCGUGGUCACCAGGGCAGUCCUGUCAAAAACGUUAGACUGCAGAAACCGACCAAGACGGGCGGCAUUUCUGGCGAUAUUUCCGGGUUCCGUGGUAAGAUCACUGCACCAGACAUGCACCAUAGCCUUUCAUCACCGCUCAAGGCCACUCAAACGACCACCCCCCGUAAAGAGGCACUACAUGAAAUGAAAGCAAAUCAUACUGUGCAUGGAACAAAUAUUCAUUCCCCCCAGAAAAGCCGUCCAGAGGAGAAUGCUGGCGACCGGAUCGAUUUACAGGACUUUUUGAACAUGAUUUCUAUUCGCUUCAUGGAAUUGCAGACGACGAAGCGACGACACACUACUGCCCCUGGAACUCUACAAGACGGUUCCACCGCUAAUGGCGAGGAUGAUAUGUCAUUGGAACGCUGCGUGGUGGCGAGUGCUUGCACCGUACCAAUGCUGGAGCUCUAUCAACAUUCUUGCCGUGAACUGAAAAAGUACAUAGCGGAAGGGCGGCGAAUGGUCAAGGAGAUUGAGGCUGAUACUCUAGAAGACAAUCCGCCACUGUUUCAAGAGUAUAUCACUGCGACGCCAGAUGUCAAGGCGUUGAUGGAUAACCAGUUCAGGAAUGUCAAGACGCAUGCUCGUCUUUUGAGUAAAGCCAUGUGGUAUGAAUGGAGGAAGAAACUCCAAGAAGGACUCAGAGAGGGACUUGUCAAGAUUUCUAGUGACAUGGAUGGGGACUACCGAGUCCUGCAAGAACAAAUGGACAUGCUGGAAUCGGUGCUACCCGAGCUCACACAAACCUACGAGGGCCUGGUGGAGGAGCGUGAGAAUCUGGAGGAGGCUGCAAAAGAACUUGCCGACUGCGAUCCUGCGGAGCUCGAUUCUGCUCGCGAACAACUCUCUACCUUGGAUGCCGAUAUUGACGCGAAGAAGGAGCUCAUUGCCGAAUUACGGCUCCAGCUCCGAACUGCUGAAGAGAACAGCGACUCACUGUCAGCAAAGAAGGUCAGCUGCUUAGCCGACAUAGCCCUUUCAGAAAAGAUCAGGGAAGAAUGCCGUGGCUGGAGUAGCGCAGAAGUCAAUAGUCUCAAAGGGCGUGUGGACGCACUCGAAAAGCAACUUGGUUGGGCGGUGACGGGGGUCAACGGAACUUCCCUAUCUAUGGCGUACAAGCGCGAGAUUGAGAUUGUCUUUGACGUGACAUCGUUUCAACCAGGCGGAGCCAAUUCGCAGAUCGACCUGUGGUACAUUGCCGAUUGUCGAGAGAAAGACCCUCUUCCUCGGACUGUUGAGAAAGACUUUUUCCUGCAGUGCAUUCGGGACUACACCCGAGCACUUCAGCAAAGCGCUACCAAGGUCUCAGAGCUGCUCGGCGUCGUUCAGCAGUCGUGGGACAGAGCGACUAAGGUCUCUUCUCAGAUCCGUCGCGUCAAUACUACGUUUCCGACGCAAGUUAGGAAGACGUCGGAUUCGAGCAUCGAGAUUGUCACGUCGCUACUAGUAGUACCUUUGCGCACGAGGGUACAAGUGACUCUGGAGCUCCAGAACCGGAACAUUACAAAAGGGCUGGAUAUGGACAUGGCCUUGUCAGUGUCAGUCGUUUACGGAGAGCAUUUCAACGUGAGCAAGAUUGGCGAGUUCUUGACUUCCAAGAUUGGCCGGACGAUGGGAGCGAUGGAGGAAAACUGGAGCGAUGUUUUUGUCGAGUUGCAUAAGCGGUUGAUGGCCCGAGGCCGAAAAUAG